AUGCAUGAGGAAGUCACUAGCCCUUUUACAGAAGUUGCAUCAAAUGCAGUAGCAUUAGCUUCUACCAAUGAAAAAUGCCAAAAAUUGCCAAUUACUAAGUGGCUUUUAAGAGCACAAAUGAUUCCUGAGCGACGAUCAGAAGAGUUGUAUGAAUUAAAACACGUUCCUAAUUGCAUACAUUGUCAUGCCGUAAGAUUUGAAUACGAACCUAAGACAUUUUGUUGUGGCAAUGGAAAAGUUAGAGUUGCGACUAUUGAAAUGCCAGAUGAAAUGUAUGACAUGUUUGUCUCUGAAUCAGAAGAAGCUGUAACAUUUAGCAAGAAUAACCGUGCGUUGAAUUGCAUAUUCUCUUUCACCUCAUUAGGAGUGAAAUUAGAUAAGGAUCUUGCAUCUGCAAAGCGUGGGGUUUACACUUUUCGAGCACAAGGCAUGAUAUAUUCUGGAGUGACAGCAGUUAAGUAUCUAUACAAGUAUAUCUACAAAGGGCAUGACAGAGUGGCUGUUAAUAUCUCACAGAAUGAUGAAGAAAAUAAUAUUGAUGAGAUCAAUGAAUAUCAAGAUGCUCCAUGGGUCUCGUCUCAAGAAGCCAUUUGGAGAAUUUACGAAUUCAAUUUGAAUGAAAUAGCUCCACCAGUCAUUGACCUCCAUCUUCAUCUACCUAACCAACAAUGUGUCACUUACUGGGCAAAUCAAAAUUUGAGCAACGUCCUCAAAUGGGACCAUGUGUCUAAGACAAUGCUCACCGAGUAUUUUCCAAUGUGUUCGAGAAGUGAAAAAGCGCGAAAAUACCUUUACAAGGAGUUCCCAGAAUAUUACGUAUGGGACAAGCAAGGUAGAUGUUGGUCUGAAAGAAAGAAAAUGGAUGUGAUAGGGCGUUUACAUGGUGCAAAUCCUAUUGAAGAAGAACGGUAUUAUCUUCGAUUACUAUUGAAUCAUGUAAGAGGUCCAACAUCUUUUCUAGAUCUUUUAACAGUUAAUGGAAUACGAUGUGUUAACUUCAAAGAAGCAUCACAAAAAAGAGACUUACUAGAGUCUGAUCAAAGUGUUAUUGAAUGUUUAAAUGAAGCCAUCACUUUUCAAAUGCCUCAUGAACUGCGUCGAUUAUUUGCAACCGUCUUGGUAUAUUGUGCUCCAACAGAUGUGAGAGUUCUUUGGGACACAUAUUUUGAAGCAAUGUCAGAGGACUUUAGAAAAGAAAAUGAUACAUCAAAGGAGAGAUAA